UUGUCGACGAAACGUCGCGUCAGUAUGUUGUGCGCUUUCUAAAAUAUCAUAGUGAAUUUAUAUUUUAGCCAUGUUUUUAGUAUUUAUAUUAGCAAUUGUAGGCGCUGUGGCCGUCGCAUUCAUUUUAAUAGAUUCGCUGAAAAGUGUAGUAGAAUUAUUAAUAUCAUAUUUAACACCGUAUUUUAUUCCUGCUGAAGACUUUCCUUUAUGGAAGAAAUAUGGACAUUGGGCUGUGAUAACUGGCAGUACGGAUGGCAUCGGCAAGCACUAUGCGCUGGAGUUGGCGCAGAGGGGAGUAAACAUCGUCCUCAUCAGUAGAAACCCGGAUAAAUUGAGGAGCGUCGCUGGGGAGAUCGAGAAACAUGGAGUAAAGACGAAAAUAAUCGUCGCAGACUUCAGCAAGGGUGAGGAAGUAUACCAGCAUAUUGAAGAAGAACUGAAAGACAUACCAGUCGGUAUAUUAGUGAACAAUGUAGGCCUUCAAUACGACUACCCCAUGCCGUUAUGCGAGCUGCCCCCCGCGAAGGCCUGCGAAAUCAUAAACGUGAACGUGCUAGCUGUGACCGCGAUGACUCGGCUGGUGCUGCCCGGCAUGGUGGCGCGGGGGCGCGGCGCGCUGGUCAACAUCUCCUCGGGCUCGGAGCUGCAGCCGCUUCCGCUGAUGGCGGUGUAUGCGGCCAGCAAGGUAUACGUCCGCAACUUCACGCUCGCGGUCCGCAAGGAGUACGCCCCGCUGGGUAUAUACGUGCAGCACGUGUCCCCACUCUUCGUUGCCACCAAGAUGAACGUCUUCUCGCAGCGAUUGCUCGACGGCAACAGUUUCGUGCCGGACGCUCGCACGUUCGCACGCAGCGCUGUGAACCUGCUCGGCAGAGUUAGCAACACUACAGGGUAUUGGACGCAUGGGAUACAGUACUUUUUCAUCAAAUGCGCGCCAGAAUGGUUCAGAAUUUACGUUGGAGAGCGAAUAAAUAAAGACUUCCGCCAGGAGUAUUUGGAAAAUACAAAGAUAAAGGCUCAAUAAGGAAGACUCUAGUGAAUAUAGUAAUUUCUAAGUCAUAGUCAAAUGGGUUUAGGUAUCUCAGUUGUUAGAUUUAGGUAUUAAGCUGUUUGGAUUGUUAAAAAACGCGUAAACUCUUUCUGGGUGAACCGAUUUUUAUGAUUAUUAAGCUGAUGCCUAUUAGUGGUCAAUAAAAGACAAUUACGACAUUGGGGCCUUCAAGAAAAGUCUUAGUAUAUGGCACUAAAAGGCUGGCCAAGCACCUGUAACACCUCUAGUGUAACAAGUGUUUAUGGGCGGUGGUGACCACUUAAAUCAGGUGGUCCAUCUGCUCCUUUGCUUGCUCUGGCAUAAAAAAGUGGUCUCAUUCAAAUUUAGUCUCGUUCAGUUAGAGAUGGUUCUGUUAUUUGUUUAUUUUAUUCUAUAAAUUAUGUGUUAUUCAUUUGUAAGGCUUCUUUUUUAAUCACCGGGCAACGACAUAGGUAAAAAUUAAUUUAUGUAAUUCAAAUAUUUUUCUUUAAUUCAAAAAGAAAUUAGAUUUUGCUGUAUUCAAAUGAAAAAAUAUAAUUGUUAAGCGAUUGAAAAUAAACGAUCAUAGUUUAUAAUGAAGCUUAAAAUCAAUACACUUUCAUAGACAAAAAUAUCAAUGUAAGUUUUGUUAUAUAAUUGCAUUUAAGUAUUAUAAAAGUUAUGUUGUUAACGUAAUUGAGGGGCUUAUAAUCUUCUAGAAACUUAUAGUGGGAUUUUAACUAUUUUGUUUGUAAAAUACAUAUCAAAUUUAUUGUUAAGGAUAGUUUUUUAGAGUUGAUUCUUGGUGCGCUGAGAAUUCAAUGAUAUUAAAGAUUAUUUUUAAAA